AUCGAAGUUGAAAGAAAACCGAAGCUGCUGCUGCUGCUGCUUCUUUUGUCUUCUCUUCCACCUCAACUUCACUUUCCCAGUUCCAAUUUCGAACCUUUCCUCAAACCCCACCUUCGAACCCCUCUUUGGUGAAGUGGGUGGGCGUGAGAUCUCGGGUUGGGGUGGAAUGGCAAUGUCGCAAGGGUUCGCAAUCGAGCUAUACUUGGAUCCAGCGUUGGAGAAUCAGGUUCUGAAGGCAUGGAACGUCAUGGCUCGGAGACAAAUAAGCACUCAACUAAUCGAAAUAGAGUCUCGUCCUCACAUCACACUCUUCUCUUCUCCGUUUCUAGAACCUUCCAAACUAGAAUCCAUCGUCAAAACCUUCGCCUCCAAACACGACCCUUUCCCUCUCUCUUUCUCUUCCAUUGGCACUUUCUGCAACGACAACAACGUUCUCUUUCUCGCCCCCACCCCUUCCCUUUCACUCCUUCAGUUCCAGUCUCUGCUCUGCGACGCUAUCAAGAAAGAAGGCGUUGAGGUUUCUGAUGAUUACGCCUUCAAUUCUUGGAUUCCCUAUUGCUCCGUUGCCGACCAGGUUCCCAAAGCAAGGAUGCCUGAAGCUUUCUCCGUCUUGCGAGACCUCAAAUUGCCCGUUUCCGGUUACGCCAUUGAUAUUGGACUCGUUGAGUUCUCUCCGGUUCGAGAACUCUUCUCCUUCGUUCUUGGCAACACUGUUGACUCAUGAUGUUCUUUUUUUUU